AUGGAAUCGCUGCCGCCGUCACAGUCAAACGCCGUCGCCCCGGCGCCCUUGGGUCGCGAGGAGUGCGCACGCGCAGAGGCUGACGCAGCGAUGGAAGCCUCUGUUGUGCCUGCAGCCGGCGUGGCGGCCCUCGCCGGCUCCCCGCCGAAGGGCGACGCGGAAGCUGCGGGUGAUAUCUUUGGGCAAGAGAGGAAAGGCGAAGAAGGAGACACGCAGCAGACUCAAGGGAGCCAGCAGGCUCCUCAAAAUUCAACGGCUUCGGCGGCAACAGACGAAGAGUGGAGGUGCCCGAUAUGCCUUGUCGUCAACGCUCCGACAGAUCUCACCUGCCCGUGCUGCGAAGGGCCCAAGCCUGGUCAUCAGCCCUCCUCCGGGCGCCCAUCCAGCGGUCCGUCGCCGUUUGCGACCGGGACAGCGAAGGGCUCGGGCUUCCACCUGGUGGGCUCUGUUUCUGCUGCGCCUUCUUCGAGCGGUGGCUUCGUGUUUGGUGCGAGCGCGGCUCCCGAGGGCAGGAGGAGCGAGGGAUUUCGCCCCGACUUCUCGACCGCCUCCGGAGCCGCAGCCUCCUCUUCGGUCUUCUGCACGUCCGCCGGCUCCUCUUCGACACCCUUUGCGGCGGCGCCCGGCGGCAGCGGGUCCUCCCUCGGUGCGAGCGCUUCACAAAGCGCGAACGCCGGCGCAGAGGUGAAGAAGCGACCCUCGGGCUUCGUGCCGGUGCUCGCGCCUUCCGAGAGCCAGUCUUCCGCAUCCGCGGCCAGCGAGGCUGCGGCAGCUGCGGACGGCCGCGCCGGGGUCUGCGUGCCCGCCGCGGGAGCGGAGGAGGACGCCGAGGAGAAGGAGGAAGAGAAGGAGCGGCUCGCGGUUGCGCCCAAGGCGCCGCAGGAAGACGCCGCGGAGGGCGUGCCCACAGCGACCGUCUUCAUGUUCGGCUCGGGAGAAAUGGAUCAGAUGCCCUUCUGGGUGCAGGCCGACGGAGAGGACGACGAAGAUCGCGAAGUCGUCAAGCCGCGCGCCGUCGUCGAGUUCAACGGCAAGCACGUCAUUCGCGCAGCCAGCGGAGCGAUGCACUCGGCCGUCUUGACCGCCGACGGCCGCUGCUGGACAUUCGGCUGCAGCGACGGCGGAGUCCUCGGCAGGGGCGCCCAUUUGGGCAACAAAGCUCUCGUCCCGGACGCCGUCCCCAUCGCGGGCGCCGUCGUCGAAGUGGCCUGCGGGGACAGCCACACCGCGUUCCUUACGCGCCAGGGCAGACUCUAUCUGGCGGGCACGUAUCGGGACGCAUACGGAGCUCUGGGCUUCCCAGACUUCGCCGGCGCCUUCCGCGGCGAGACGCCUGCCUUCGUGGCGGAAAACGCGAUGCCCGCUCUCGUCUUUUCGGGUCUCAACCGACCUCGCAUUUCCGCUGUGGCCUGCGGGGAAAACCACACUGUGGCGCUCGAGCACGGUGGAGGCGCGUUUUACGUGUGGGGCAGCAACGAGUUCGGGCAGUUGGGCGUUUCCUCCGCCUCCUCGCUGGCGUCGGCGGCGCAGGCGUCUGAGAAGAACGGCGACACCGCGACGCUGCUAGCGGGCGGCGGCGGCGAAGUGGCGCUGCAGGCGAAGCUGAGUUUGCUGCUGCCUGCGCGGCGCACAGUCGGAGACCUCGUCGGCUCGCUGGGGCUGCCAUCUGGGCUGGAGAUCAAGCGCCUCUUCUGCGGCAAAUGCACCACCUUCAUGACGCUGGAGGCGUCUGCGGCGGAGCCCAACGGCGAUGCAGGCGAGAAGGCCGCCGGCGCCAGCCGCGGAGAGCGCGAGGGGACUUCCUUCGUGCUCGGCUGCGGCCGCAAUAGCCAGGGCGAAGUCGGCUGCGGAGUGAAGAACUUUGGGUCGAUCGUGGACAAGUUCGUGCAAGUUAAAAAACUCGACGGCGAGGCCAUCAAAUUCAUCGGCGGCGGCCAGUUCUUCUCCGUCGCCCUCCGAGCGGACGGCGCACUCUACACGUGGGGGCAAAGCGACUUCACAGGUGCGAAGCAAGCGAACGCGCAGGCGGCUGCCGUGCACGACUUCGCGUUGGGUGCAUGGGUGUGUGGCUCUGAGGCCACGACUGGCGAGAAGCUGACGCGCAUGACGGCCGGCGCGGCGUCUUCUGGUGCUUUGUUCCGCGCAGGCUUGGGCGCGGCGUUUGGCAAAUACACGUCCGUGGAGGAGCCGACGCCUCUGAACAAGUUCGCGGCGCCGCUGCGGUGGGUUCAGUGCGGCAGCGACCACUGCCUGGCGGUGACGACAUCGGGGAUCCUAUACACCUGGGGAGCAGGGCAAAACUUCCAACUCGGCAACGGCGAGGACGUCGAGAUCCGCCGCACGCCCUUCCUGGUCGACCCCCGACUCUUCGAUUCCACAUUCGUGCUCCAGGCCUUUGGAGGUUCGCAGCACAGCAUGGUGCUGUCGUGGACGGGCGCGUACGCGCAGAGGGAAGCGGCGAAGGAGGAAGAGGAGGGUGAGGACGAAGGAACGAGCGCAGCUCGCAAGCGGCAUCGCCCCGACACGGACCAAGAGGAGGAAGUAGAGAGCGAGAGAGAGUCGAAACGAAGCCGCGGCUACAGAGCAAGAGAAGGGCACCGGGGGGGCGAGAAGAAGAGUGGCGAGAGCAAGAAGAAAGGCGGCGACGCGGGCCGUGGAGAGGGAGAAGGGGAAGAUGAGGGAGAGAAGAAAGAAAAAGGCGAAGUCGCUGGCGAGACAAAGGCGGAGUCCGAGGAAGAGGAGACACGAGCCGUAGAGGAGGAGGAAGCAGAAGAGCAGACGAAGCGCGACAGCGCCAAAGGCGGAGCCGCGGAGGAAUUGAAAGAAGAGGAAGAUGAAGAGCAAGACGUGGUAGUCGACCUCGUCGUCGACGAAGAGACGGGCGCGGGGGCGAAGAAAGCCCUGAAGAAGUCUGCUUCGCGCGCCGGGUCUGCGAGCCGUGGAGCCGGAGGUGGUCGCGGGGCUGCGGCGCGCACACCGAGCAGCCGCGGCGGGCGGGCGGCCGCGCCCCCCGCCAAGGGCCGGAAGGCGAGCGAGGAGACAGAGACCUCACGCGCCGGUACCAGGGCCGCGAAGCAGACGACCGCGGCGAAAGUAGGUGCGCACAAGGGACAGGAGCCCGAGCCCAAGGCAGGGAAGGGCGCGAAGCAGGCGGGGGCGAAGCAGGCGGGGGCGAAGCCGCCCUCGCGGCGCGGCACACCUGCGGCGUCGGCCGCGAAGACAGACGAGAAGACGCGAGCUGCCGCCGCUGCGACGGGAGGACGCAGCAAAGGCUCGACUUGCGCCGCCUCGCGCGCGGCGUCGCGCGCCAGCGCAGGCAAGAAGAAAGAAGAGACGAAGACGCGCGUCAGCGCCCGAGGAGGGGGUCUGUCAGCCACGCCGAAACCCGAGGCCAAGGGGGUGCCGAAGCGCGGGCAGCCAGCCAGAGGCGGGAAGUCCGCGGCGAAGGCGCAGGAAGCGAAGUCGGGCAGAAGGAGCGCGCCGGCGAAGGCAAGUGGAGGCAAGGCAACGCCUGCGCGAGGCAGAGCUGCCGCGGAGAAAAAGCAGGCGCCGGUUGCGGUCAAGAAGACGAUUGACAAGAAAGCGAUCAGCCGACGCGGAACCCCGUCGCCAAAGAAAGCCGCUGCAAAGUUCGAUGCAAAGAGAAGGCCAAGCAGCCGAUAG